ACACACACACAGUGUGCUAACCACUGUACCACCACUCCCCACACACACACAGUGCGCUAACCACUGCACCACCACUCCCCAGAUGGCUUCGCGUGCUGCGCUGCUGCCGUUCGUCAAGACGGAGGUGGAGGAAGCCCAGGCCUGUGGCCCGGCUUGGCCAUGGAGUGCGAAGAGGAUGAUGGCGAUGAUGGUGACGACGAUGAUUGUGAUGACGGUGAAGCAGGAGCGGUCGUGAAGCAGGAGGAGGGUGAGGGCCGUCUGGGCCGCGAGAUCGUGAGGACGCUGGUGAAGAGCGAGGUGGAGGAGGACGGUGAUGAUGGUGGUGAUGGAGACGUCAGCGUGCGUCCCGGCCGGGAGACGUCGCGGCUGCUGAAGGUGAAGGCCGAAUGGCAGGAGGGAGACUCGGGUGGCGAGCGGGAGCUCCUGUGCGCGGAGUGCGGCACGGAGCCACGCGGCGGCGUCGGCGGCGUCCGGAACACGUGGGACGAAGAAGCGAAACCGGGCGGCGGCGACAGCGGCACCGCGCGAGCGUGCGCGCGGUGCGGCAAGGAGAUGCCGCUCGGGGGCAUCUCAUCGCACGACGACGACGGUGACGACGGCGUCGAAGGCGACGACGAUCGACGACUGCCGAAACGGCGGCGUCAGCGUCAGCGGCAGCAGCGACGCGCGCCCGGCGGCGGCGAGAAGCCGCACGUGUGCACCGAGUGCGGCAAGGCCUUCGCCCGCUGCUCCGACCUGGACCGCCACUCGCGGACGCACACCGGCGAGCGGCCGCACGGCUGCCCCGACUGCGGCCGCCGCUUCUCGCACGCCUCCUCGCUGAAGCUGCACGCGGCCACCCACACGGGGGAGCGCCCGCACGCCUGCCCCGACUGCGGCCGAGGCUUCACGCGGCGCUCCUACCUGGAGACGCACGCCCGCCUCCACACGGGCGAGAGGCCGCACGCCUGCGCGGACUGCGGCCGCCGCUUCCUGCACAAGCACUCGCUCAAGACGCACGCGGCCAGCCACGCCGCCCGGAGGCCCCUGGCCUGCGGCGAGUGCGGCCGCGGCUUCGCCCGCCCCUUCGACCUGGAGGCGCACAGCGCGCACCCACACUGGCGAGAGGCCGCACACCGUGCCCCGACUGCGGCAGGCGCUUCGCCCGCCGGUGCCACCUGGAGGCGCACUGCGCGCAUGCACACGGGCGAGUGGCCCUGCCUCUGCAAGGAGUGCGGCAAGGGCUUCGCAUGCUUCUCGCACCUGGAGAGGCACGCGCGCACGCACACGGGCGAGAGGCCGCACGCUUGCGACGCGUGCGGGAAGCAGUUUCGCGAGCGAUCGCACCUCAAGAAGCACGCGGCGACGCACGGAGCAGCGUAG